ACCUGGUGACGUGGUCUACGUUGCGGGCCACGUGCACGCGGAGCGGCGUCGGCCUCAGAGCGCAGGAGCGGAAGAGGGACACGGCGGAGCGUGAGUGGGUUUCGGCUGGUCCGUCCGGUGGACCCUGGACCCGCGCGGCCUCACUCCACCGCGUCCUCUGAAGCGGUACGCGGGUCAGGACUAGACCCGUAGACCCCCAGAGAACGGAACCAGCCGCUUAAAGUGAUAAACACUGAAGGUGGCGGCGAUGGAUGGAAACCUGGAUGUGGUUCACCAGAACAACGUGCAGUUUGACUCCGAGCUACCUGAGUUCAGGACUCGGGGGGGAGUCCACCUCGGUGCCGACAGGCUGACCGUCACCUCUCCCGUGCUGAUGUGGGUCAAGGCUCUGGACCUGCUGCUGGACAAGAUGAAGAGGGCGGGGUUCGACUUCUCCAGAGUCAGAGCGCUGUCGGGCAGCGGCCAGCAACAUGGAAGUGUGUAUUGGAAAAGAGGAGCGUCCGAGACUCUGAACCAGCUCGACCCGGACCAGGAGCUGUACCAGCUGCUGCAGGGCAGUUUCUCGGUGUCCGACUGUCCCGUGUGGAUGGACUCCAGCAGCGGCAGGCAGUGCCGGGACCUGCAGGGGGCGGCAGGAGGAGCUCUGAGACUGGCGGAGAUCACCGGAUCCAGAGCCUACGAGCGUUUCACAGGAAACCAGAUCGCCAAACUGCGACAGAACCGACCGGAGGAGUACCAGGACACCGAGAGGAUCUCGUUGGUCAGUAGUUUUGCGGCCUCUCUCUUCCUCGGUGAUUACGCCGCCAUCGACUACAGUGACGGUUCGGGGAUGAAUCUGCUGGACAUCAGGACCAGAAACUGGUCUGAGAUCUGCCUGGAAGCCACCGCUCCGCAUUUGGACCGACUGCUGGGAGCGCCGCUACCCUCCGCGUCCGUGCUGGGCCCCAUCUCCUCCUACUUCGUGCAGCGAUACGGUUUCUCCGAGCGCUGCGGCGUGGUGGCUUUCACCGGAGACAACCCAGCGUCUCUGGCGGGAAUGAGGCUCCGGCAGGGAGACAUCGCUGUGAGUUUGGGUACCAGUGAUACGGUGUUUCUGUGGAUCCAGCAGCCCCGCCCAGCUCUGGAGGGUCACAUCUUCUGUAAUCCUGUUGACCGGCAGGCGUACAUGGCUCUGCUCUGCUUCAAGAACGGUUCUCUAACGAGGGAACGUGUCAGGAACGAGUGUGCUGGAGGAUCAUGGGAAGUUUUCUCCGCUGCUUUGAGGGACACGCCGCUCGGAAACUGUGGAUACAUAGGCUUUUAUUUUGACACCAUGGAGAUCACCCCUCCUGCGGUGGGAGUUCAUCGCUUUGACGCGGACGACACCGAGGUGUCCUCAGUGAGCCCUCAGGUGGAGGUUCGGGCUCUGCUGGAGGGUCAGUUUCUGUCCCGGCGGCUCCACGCUGAGAGACUGGGGUACUCCAUCAUUCCAGGAACCAGAGUGCUGGCGACGGGAGGAGCUUCAUCUAAUAAAGAGAUUCUGCAGGUUUUGUCUGACGUGUUCAACGCUCCGGUCUACACCAUCGAUCUGUCCAACUCCGCCUGCCUGGGCUCAGCCUACAGAGCUCUGCACGGCCUGGUCGCAGAAUCUGGAGUUUCCUUCUUCGAUGUGGUGAAGAAAGCACCUGAACCAAAACUGGUCGCUACCCCGCAUCCUACAGCACAGGAGGUGUACAGCCAGAUGUUGAAGCGAUACGCACGAUUGGAGGACAGAGUCCUGCAGGAGAGCCGCACCUGAGCCACAGCCACCAAUCAGAUCUACGACGACAGCAUUUUCAGAAAGUAAAUUGCUGAAUAUAAUUUUGAAUGAAAUAAGUUUUAUUCAAAAACAAAGAAUUUUGCAAAUCUCUUUAUCUGAAUGUUACUCAUAAUUAUUGCUGCCUGUCAAUAAAAAUAACUGACUGACGGCGGUUUAGUUUUUACAAAUUUGUUUUAAAAAGAUAGAAAUCAAAUCCAAAAAGCCAAGAAACAAAUGUAAAAUAACAUGAAAGAUGUCUCAAGUUGAAAAUUUUCAUGAACAGUAUUUGAAUUAAAAGCAGAAUGAAAAUCAACACCCACAGAUUAAAACUUCACAUUUGGACAGAAACUAUAACAAAGUUUAUCCUGAUGAAUGUUACACAAACAAAAUGUUCCCAGAUCAGUUCUAACCCACCUACUGUGAAGUGUCUGGCUGCUCUUCAAAGUUUUAACUGUUCAAGUUUAAACUGCUCACUUUUCUAUUCCAUUGUGCCGAGUAAUUUAAAAACCUGUUUUGUUUUUUUUUCAUUGUCCUGAGCCAAGCUUUAGGAUCGGGAUCGCUCCCGAUCCCUUGUUCGUUGGCUCCAGGUAAACGCUCGUUUAACAAGUUAGUUUUUAGAGCAAAAUUCUUAAGAUCGCAGUUGUAAUGUUGAAGUUGUGUUGCACAAACCUCACAAAAACACUAAGUAAUCUAAAUGGUAUUUUUUAAUGUAUAAUUUUGAAUAAACUGAAUGAUCACAUGAACAACA